GUGGUGAGGUUUGGAACCACUAAUCCGGUUGUACACUUAUCACCAUGGUUGACACCCGGAGUGGGUUGAGCACUAGCCCCUACACUCAGGAACAGCAGGAGAAAAUGGCCGCCUUAGUGAAAGAGAACAAAGAGAGGAAAGAGCUCCAGAAGCAAGCGAAGCUAAAGGCUAUCACAAAGGAGCAGGUGGCUAAGAUGAAGAGGUUGGAGGAGGAAAUGAAGAGGGUUCAACAGGAGGAGGAAGAGAGGAGAAAGGCUGUUGAGGAAGAAGCGGCAGCAGAGGAAGAAAAACAGAGAAUGCGGAUUGAAAGUAGAGAAGGGAGCAGUGGCACGAAAAAGGAUAAAGACGCAGAGAUGGAGAAAAAGAUAAGUGAGUGGGUCACUAAUUUAUCGUUGGGAGAAGACGAGGAGGCGGAAUCUUAUGUGCCUCAGGAGGAGAGAGAUGCGCUAGCCAGCGAGCUAGCAGCAAUGGAGGACCCUAUGGAACGGCGAGAAAGGGAGGAGGAGCAUAAGUCGGCAUGGAAAUUGAUGAUGAAGAGGGAGAAGAAGAGAAGGAGGGAGGAAGUCAACAGGUUGACCGCCGAGGUGGCAAAAGUGAAGGAUUGUAGGCAGGAAGUGCAGGCCGAGCCAGACGACAAGGCCAAAUGGGAUAAGGUGUUGGGGUACCUAAAGGUGCUGAGCGCAGCGUGGAUGGAGGAGCGCCAAGCCAGUUGGAGUCAAGAGGUAGCCUUGAGUGCCAUGCGGUCGGGGUUUAGGGACUUUGCACGCGAUAUGGUCACCCACGUUGGGGGAGAAGUUAGGAGGUUAAGAGACAACGUGGGGAAGUAUUGCGAGGGCGCCAUCGAGGGCGCCAAAGCAAUAGCCGCUGUAGAGGGCGAAGCCAGACCCCAUAAAGAGCCCGUAAAGCUCAAGUUCCCAGAUGCAUACGGGGGAAAGACGGAGGAGAACUUUGACAAUUGGGAAGCCAGUGUCAACAGUUAUGUGUAUUUACAGCAUAUCCUGAUAGAGGAGCAAGUCCUCGUAGCUUUCCAGGCCCUCAAAGAUGAAGCGGCUAGUUUCGCCAGGUCCCUUGCGCGCGCAGCCGGUUGUGAAAACAACCUGGUUGCCUAUUCUAAAGUCACUCCCCUUCCUCAAUUCUUCAAGCUCCUGAGGGAGCGAUUUGUUGAUCCAACGAGAGGCGUCAGAGCCUCUGAUAAGUUACAGACGAUCCACUCGCGACAGUGGAGGAGUGUGAGAGCACUCAAGGGCGUUAUGGACGACUUGGUCCAGUUGUUCUAUCGUGCCAUGCCAGAGGCCCUGCAUGGGUACUUUUUUGACAAGUCUCAACAGGUCGGCAUCGCCUAUGAUGUGCUGAGUAGAGAGGUGGUCCUGUAUGAGUCAAAGUCCAUGCCAGUUACCACUUUCUGGCAUAAGGACCCAGAUAAGGGGAAAAGGUGGAAAGGUCGUACCAUCUCGGGCCAAGUCAGGGCCAAGGAUCACAUGAUCCUUACCUUAGAAGAAGGUGGUACAGACGAGGUCCCAUACAGUCAAAUUGAGUGGGGCCUUGAAGAGGAGGACAGUAGCGUGGGGCAGGGGAGGUCCUAUGCUGCUGUCGCGGCUGGAGGGAGGCCGCAAAGUAGAGGAGGAGGCCAGGGCCAAAGGGGCCAGGCCAUGGGAGGCCGAGGACCAGGCGCACAGGGGGUUGGCGGACAAGGGAACCGCCAAGUGGGAGGUAGGGAUCAAGGUCCCCUGCUAAAUCGCCAGGGUUCUAAUCGGUCCCCGCAGCGAAGAGGUGGAAGGGCACCUCAAGGAGGAUGGCACCCAGGCUUGCCACAGGGCAAGCCCUGGGAGGAUUUUAGCUUGGACCAGAGUUUAUGGCAGGAACACGUGAAUUUGGGUCAGUGCGUGUUUUAUGGUGACCCGGCCCACGUAAUUAAAUUUUGUCCAAAGUAUAGACAGCCCUGUUGGGCUGCCCAACAGUCAAAAGGCAGCCGCCAGUAGGGGUCGCAACUGCCCCUACUUUAAGGCCAUGUAGAGAAGUGAGCGCGCGCGAACAGAACACUCCCAACCCACAUGA